AUGUUGCCGCCGCCGCCGUUGAUACCCUCCAACUGCACCGACUUUGACGCCGGAUCGGCGGCCUACGAGCAGCUGCGGACCCGGCGGAGCAAACCUCUACGCCCCUCCUCCUCCCCCGCCGCCGCCGCUUCCGCCGCUCCCCGCCUCCAUCCCUCCCCAUUCCACCCGUCCUCUUCCGCCAUCCCCUUCUCCUGGGAGCACCGCCCGGGCGUCCCCAAGGCCCCUAGCCCUCUCGCCGCCGGCUCCUCCGCCCGCCCCCUCCUCCCUCCGCCUCUCAGAUCCGCUCCGAUCGGGAUCAAGGGCACCUCCCUCGGCCGCCGCGACGACGACCCCUUUGCGGCCGCGCUCGCCGAGUGCGCCAAGUCCCCGCUGGGCCCCGUCAUCGCGGAUCUCUUCGGGAGGAGCGGCGAGCGCAGCCGGAGGCCGACCUCCGCCGCUGGGUGGUCCAUCUCCUACCGCCUGGGGCUCUUAGGGAUCCACGCCUCGUGCAAGACCGCCUCCGCCGUAGCCGAUUCAACCGUCCUCGUUCGCCGAUCCGGCGUAUCGUACGGCCGCAUGAUCCGCCGGGCCACUUGA